AUGGACGGAGAAGGAAAAAACAAUAGGGCCGAUGGCCCGGCUCCAGAAAAUGUUGACUCCUCAAAUAUUGCCAACGAACCCAGUGCACACACCUCACAGUUUGAGAAACGGAAGGGCAGCGUGAUGGACCAGCCAAUAGACCUGGACUAUGUGCUAGUGAACGAGAUAGGCCAGUUCGGCCGCUACCAGAUGUUCAACUUGUUGCUCGUUUCCGUCCCCAUCAUCAUGUCAGCCUUUAUGAGCGAGUACAUCUUCUCUGCCGCCGCUAUCCCACACAGAUGUCGAGUGCCGGAAUGUGGAGAAACGACCAAGAGCGAGCGGUUUGAACCAGAAUGGGUUCUUAACGCAAUUCCAUCUGCCGAUAACAACGCUGGCUUUGCAAGCUGCGACCGGUACAUUCCUAAUUUCAACAACGGCUCCCUAGACUACUGCCCGAGCUCUCUGUUUCAACAACAAACACAGAAAUGUGACGGCUUCGUCUACGCUAGAGACAAUUCCUGUGUGUAUGACUUCGAUCUGGGAUGUCAAGACUGGCUCCGUGCUUUAGCUGGUACCUUGAGCAGCGUGGGUACUCUAUUGGUGCUGCCCAUCGCGGGAUACAUCUCCGACACCUUCGGAAGACGAGUAGCGCUCGUCAUCAGUGUUGUUAAUUUGGCUAUCUUCGGUAUCAUUCGGGCCUUUUCCGUCAACUAUCCAAUGUACUUGGCAUUCCAGUUACUACAAACUACUUUUGGUGCUGGAACUUUCAGUUCUUCUUACAUCUUUGCCACGGAGUUUGUUGGACCCAAGUACCGAGUGUUGACGAGUGCGACCUGCUCCUCCAUGUUUGCCGUCGGUCAAGUGAUAUUGGGAGCCGUUGCCUGGGUCAUCCAGCCCUGGAGAUACAUGAUCCUUGCGCUACACAUCCCCUGCUUCAUCAUCAUCGCAUACUAUUGGAUCUUACAAGAGAGUGUAAGGUGGCUAUUGUCUCAAAAGAAAUAUGAUCAAGCUAAAGAUGUACUGGAGCGAGUAGCGAGGCGGAACAGAAAACAGAUCAGCGAGAAGUCUUUGCAUGCUUUGAUGAACCCCCCCGAGCCUGUGAAGGUUGAGAACGGGGAUGAGCCAAACCUCUUCCAAGCCAUUUUCCGGUCGGGUGUGCUCCUCCGUCGUGUUUGCACCACCCCCAUCUGGUGGAUCACCACCACCUUCGUGUACUACGGCCUGUCCAUCAACGCCACCAGUCUGUCAGACUCCAUGUACCUGAACUACAUCCUGACCUGUGCCAUCGAGAUCCCUGGCUUCUACACGGCAGUGCUUAUCCUCGACAGGAUUGGUAGGAAACCCACACUGUCUGGCGGGUAUCUGUUCAGCGCCGCCUGCAACAUCGCCUUCGCUUUUAUACCCAAUGACCUGUCGACGCUACGUCUGAUCGUGUACCUGUUUGGCAAGUUCGGUAUCUCAGUGGUAUUCACGUCACUGUACCUGUUUACCUCGGAGCUGUACCCGACGCAGUACCGACACAGGUUGCUAGCCUUCUCCUCCAUGGUGGGCCGCAUCGGCUCCAUCACCGCACCGCUCACACCAGUGCUAAUGGAUUACUGGGAUGGUAUCCCGUCCGUGAUGUUCGGUGCCAUGGGUAUACUGUCUGGGAUCUUGGUACUGACGCAGCCGGAGACGCUGGGGACUAAGAUGCCCGACACGCUCGCGGAAGCAGAGGCUCUCGGCAAACCAGAAUCAAAAAUAAAAACCUGAAUACAUACUCAACGUACCUAAAUACUAGAUGUAAGAGUAACUUCAGUUCUACAUUGCUUCGUAUCAGAUGGAAGUUAUUUGACGAAACGUAUUAUUUGUCUUACUUGAAAUAUAAUGACAAUUUAAAGACUGAAAUCC